AAAUUAACGUCUAUUAACGUCAAUAGCGCAUUUCGAUUACUCCAUUUUACGAAAUUGGAAUGACGUCUAAAUAUUAACACAAUAAAGACGUACCUCUACUAUAGAGAAAAAAUAAAAUAAGUGCGAAAAGGGCGAUUUAUGAAUAUAAACAAUGAUACAUAUUUAACGUUGCGAUAGUGAUUGGUGCUAAUGGAUACCAAAUGCAAAAUUUCAGAUGAGGAAACAAAGACUGUAAAUCUAUCGAAUAUGGAAGAUUCAAGUAAAGAAUCCAUGCCAUCGUCAUCUCCGGAACCAACGAAACAAAACGGUCGGAAGAGAUUAAUCACAGGUCUUUCUCUACUGGCUGGUUUUGGUUUAAUUGUUUACGGUGGUGUUCCUGUGAUCAUAAUCACUUGUUUUUUCAUACAAGUCAAAUGCUAUCAAGAAAUCAUAAAAAUAGCGUACCACAUGAAAAAAAUACCAGAUAUACCUCUAUUUAGAACCAUUAACUGGUAUUUUCUUAUUACUGCUAAUUACAUAUAUUUCGGCGAGACUUUAACUAAACAUACUCAAGUUUUUAUAAAAAAAUAUUAUCUUUUACAACUAUUAGCUAAGUAUCAUAGAUUCUUCUCUUUUGUUUGGUACUUUUGGGGAAUCAUCUGGUUUCUCACAAUGUUAAAGAAGAGACUCCUUAGGCAACAAUUUAGUUUAUUAUUCUGGACUCACUUCAUUCUAAUUGCAGUUAGUUUACAGUGUUAUAUGACAUUACAAAAUAUGUUUGAAGGUUUGAUAUGGUUCAUAAUUCCUAUGUGGUUGAUAAUACUCAACGAUGUUUUCGCUUACACUUUUGGUAGACUAUACGGAAAAACUCCUCUGAUAAGUCUGUCACCCAAUAAAACACUUGAAGGCUUUAUACUUGGUGGCUUGAGUACAUUUAUUUUAGGAGCUAUACUUUCAUUCAUAUUUUGCCAUUUUCAAUAUCUAGUGUGUCCUAUAAAAUAUAUUGAAAUUGACGACCGUAUAGUAGCGUCGACGAACUGCACCAGAAGUUAUUUAUUCCAACCGAUUCCUUAUUAUAUUGGUAAUACCGGAUUGUAUUUAAAUUACUACCCAUUUAUUCAACACUCUUUAUACAUGUCAAUUUUUGCUAGCAUCAUUGCUCCUUUUGGAGGAUUUUGUGCUUCGGGAUUCAAAAGAGCGAACCACGUUAAAGAUUUUGGAGAUCUUUUCCCUGGUCAUGGUGGAAUUAUGGAUAGAUUUGAUUGUCAGUUUUUAAUGAUGACUUUUGUUAAUGUAUAUAUUAGUACUUUUGUGAAAAGUCCUGAUGUUGAUAAUGUCUUUAAGCAAAUAAUGGAAUUGAGUGAAGAAGCCCAACUGGAUUUUUAUUUACGUUUGAAAGAUUCUUUGAGUGAUGCUGUUUUAUUGAAAACUAAUUGAUUUAACUACAGUAUGUUCACUAAAGUUACUCACGUUUGGCGCGACAAAAUAAUGAGUUUGCCAAAAAUAAUUUUGAUUUUCCUACUACAUGGCGUUAAAUGCUAAUUCUAUGAGGUUACGCUAUAGAAUUUUUAGAGUUACCUCAAGGAAAUUAAGGCUCAAGAAAGCCACGUUUGUCAUAUUUUGAUUUUUACAUCAUUUUCUUCACUUUUUUUUGUGGGUGAACUUACAAUGUGACGGCAAAAUUUUGGUGUGAUUUUGAGGUUCUUCAACACUUCAACACAAUAUUUUUAAACUUGAUAUACUUACAUAAAUUGAUGAAUUUUUCACUCCUAAUAUUGUGUUGUAAUUGAAAAUUGAAAAAUUUUACUGUAGCAAAAAUAAUUAACUAAAAUAAGCGCACUGUAUAUUCCAUCUGAAAAUUGAUACUCAAUAUCUAUCAUAAGUUUAGGGUUGAUUUUAGCUAGAUACCUUCUUUUACAAUAUUUUUCUUUUCACUACGAAGAAAAUAUUUCACCAUAAACGAUAAUAAUAAAGAAGCUUUAUUUCCAGUAUUCUCUGCUUAAUAUUAAAUUUAAAUUUAGUUUCUAAUAAACAGCAAUCAAAAUAUUCCAGAUUUUUGUUACAUACAUAUAUUUAAAUAAUUAUGUUUGAACGUAUCAGUGAAGUUAACUAUCGUGUACAUAAACAUGCAGUUCAUGAUUUAAUGAUCAAAUAGAGGUUAAUAUCAUUUUAGGUUAAUGAAAACUAAUGCAAUUGUAAUAAUAUAGAAUCAUUAAUAAAUUUUCUACUAAUAUAAA